AUGGGUAAAGCUCUAGGUAGACCUAUCAAAGUUGAUGAAACAACACUGAAGAGAGAAGCAAGAUAUUAUGAAAGUUCUUUUGUGGAGAUUGAUUUAGUUAAGCCAAUUCCAAGUAAAAUUUGGGUUGAAUCAAAAUAUGGUGGUUUUGAGCAGGCAGUACAGAUUCCUAAAUUACCUAAGUUUUGUAAUCAUUGUCAAGUAAUUGGUCAUUAUGUUGCAGAGUGCAGGACAAAAAGAAGAGAAUCAAUGCCAAAGGAUGUAGAACCAAAUGCUAAUGAAGUAAGAAAAGUUUGGAGAAAGGUUACACACAAAAGAAUACAACAUCCGGUUCAAGUUGGUUUUGAUAUCUGUAAUACUCCUUCUAGUAAAGAUAAGUUGGUGGAGAAUAUUAAGGACAUUUUAAAUGAUAAAGAUGAAGAAGUGGAUGCACCCCAUAUACAACUAUUUCAACCAGUUGAAGAUUCUUCCCUUCUAUUCAAUUCAGAGCCAAAAGUUAAAUAUUCAUCAGUUUUUUGUAAGAAGUUGAGGUUAGCAGAGCAAUCAAUUACAGUUGAAGUAGGAGGUGCACUGGUUACUAGUGUUUUGGGAUAA